AUGACUUUCGAUGGAGUUUAAUUUAAAUAGUUGGGCUUAAAGAAAAGCAUUAUUCGUUGGAUUAUUAGACAUCAGCAACUAUUUUUUAUUGGACAAACAUGAUGUUUACAAUAGGUCUUGGAAUUAUAAUUAACAUCUUUAGAUCAGCAAGAAAGGUAUUCAACUUUACUAAAAUAGUUUCCGUUUAAUAUCAUUUUUUACAUAGUAUUCUCAUUUUGUAUUGGCCUUCUAUUAGGAGCUCUUAUUGCAACUAAUUUAAGGGCACAUAAAUAAGGAUUCAUCAUAAUCUUAUAUUUAUUCUGUAUGACGAUUGGAACAUUUGCUUGCAUUAUUAUUUUUACAUUUAAAAAAUGGAUCCUGGACAAAUCAAAUUGUAUUUUAUCACAAUAAUAUUUAGACAUACUUGUACUUAUUUUUCUUGUUAUGGUUUUUUUGCUACAACUAAUUUUUAAUAAAGUUAAAUUAAUUAUUUAUUAAUAUAUUGUUAAUAUUUAUAAUCAAUUAAACUGGAAUUAUUUUUGUUUUUACAAUGAAAGCUUUUUUAGGAGUGUUAAUCGGAGGGGCAAUUUGCCAUGUAAUUUAUAGUUUUCUUAUGUUGUUUGAAGCAUAAAUGAUUAUGCAUGGAAAAGUAAUUAUAUCUUAACGGUAGUUUUUGCUUAAAAAAAACGAAUUUAUAGGUGGAGCACUCUUAUUUUACAUUGAUAUUACUGUGUUUAUAAUAUAUCUAAGCUUCACUGCUGUUAUAACUUUAAUCGUUAGCUUUAUUAUAGCGCUAUGCCAGGCUUGUGCACAUAUUAAUUGA